CCCCUGUGACAGCUCCUGCCCUUGCAUCAUGACUCAGAAUUUCUGUGAGAAGUUCUGCCAGUGCAACCCUGACUGUCAGAACCGCUUCCCGGGCUGCCGCUGUAAAACCCAGUGCAACACCAAGCAGUGCCCCUGCUACCUGGCCGUGCGUGAGUGCGACCCAGACCUCUGCCUCACCUGCGGCGCUUCGGAGCACUGGGACUGCAAAGUGGUGUCCUGCAAGAACUGCAGCAUCCAGCGGGGUCUCAAAAAGCAUUUGCUGCUGGCACCAUCGGAUGUCGCUGGCUGGGGGACUUUCAUCAAGGAAUCUGUGCAGAAGAACGAGUUCAUCUCCGAGUACUGUGGUGAGCUUAUCUCUCAGGAUGAGGCCGACCGGCGAGGAAAGGUCUAUGACAAGUACAUGUCCAGCUUCCUCUUCAACCUCAACAACGAUUUCGUUGUUGAUGCCACCCGCAAAGGAAAUAAAAUCCGCUUUGCCAAUCACUCGGUGAACCCCAACUGCUACGCUAAAGUGGUGAUGGUAAACGGAGACCACCGGAUCGGGAUCUUUGCCAAGAGGGCGAUCCAGGCGGGAGAGGAGCUCUUCUUCGACUACAGGUACAGCCAGGCAGAUGCCCUGAAGUAUGUCGGCAUAGAGAGGGAGACGGAUAUCAUCUAGGCUCCGCGUGGGGCAGUCCCCAGCACACCCUGCUGCUGCACCUUGUAAGCAAUGCCAUGUUUGCUUCACGCUGACAUGACUGCUGCUCUUCCCGUUGCUGAGUGUGUCACAAGUGCUACUUCCCA